CCACCUGAUAAGAUCGUAAUCGUAAAGCACCCAGCAGCAAGUUGGUCCUAUGGGGUAGUCGUGACGAUCCCGUGAACUAGCUGCACUAAUACCCAGUAGACACUUCACGAUGGCUAACAUAGCAGUGAUCGGAGCUGGAGUUGUCGGACUGUCCACCGCCAUUAACAUCAUAGAGAGCGUCCCAGACGCUAGGGUCACUAUCUAUGCUGACCGAUGGUCACCGGACACCCUCAGUGACGGAGCGGCUGGGUGCUUUGGACCCAAACUUGGGGGUCCUAUGUACCCCAUGGGUAUAGAGUUGAAGCGGUUUAAAACCUGGGCAAGAGACUCGUUCCAGCACUACGACGCCAUUGCCCACUCGGCGGAGUCUGCAGAGGCCGGUGUGUUUCCAGUCUCUGGCUACAGGUUAUACUGCAGGCCUGAAAACGUUGCACCGUACCGUGCUCUGGAACUCAUGUCCAACUACAAAGAACUCUCUAAAGAAGAGAUGAAGAAGUUUCCACCCAAGUAUAAAGUCGGUUUCUUUUUCACAACGUUAAUAGCAGAGUGUCACCGUUAUCUACCUUGGCUUUUGAAGCGGUUUAAGAGCAAGGGUGGUCACGUGGUGCAACAGAAGAUGACAACAUUAAAGCAGUUCUGUGGUCAGUACGACCUGGUGGUCAACUGCACUGGUAUUGGGGCCAGAGAACUGCUGGGGGACACUGUCCUGAGGCCAAUGAGGGGACAGGUCAUGCGCGUAAAGGCCCCUUGGAUUAAGCAUUACUACUUUACUGACAGUGACUGCUAUAUAUACCCAUGCGCAGACGACGUUGUCGUAGGGGGCGUGAAACAGUAUGAUGAGUACAGCACCGUCGUAAAUGAGAGAGACAAAGCUACAAUUCUGAAAAACUGUCUAGAGAUGGUACCGUCAUUAAAGGACGCAGAGUUCAAAUUUGACUGGGUUGGUCUGAGACCCUCGCGGAAUCCAGUACGGGUAGAAUUCGAAGCAAUCAAAUAUGGAGAUGAUACCUUGAAGGUCGUCCAUAACUACGGGCACGGCGCAAGCGGAAUUGGUCUUAGUUGGGGCACUGCUGUGGAGGCGACACACCUGGUGAUGAAGGCAUUAGGGAAAUUUUCUACAAGCAAGCUGUAAAUUUUCAUUCCGUGCGUUGGAAAACCAAUACAGACACUGCCGUCCAAUCGCUAUUUUCUGCAUUAUACUAGUAGACCUGUUCCAUCGUGAAAGUC